AUGAGUCUCACCGCUAAGGACAAGGACACAGUCAAGGCCUUCUGGGCCAAAAUUUCUGGGAUGGCGGACGACAUCGGGACCGGUGCUCUAUCCAGGAUGCUGGUGGUCUACCCGCAGACCAAGACUUACUUCUCUCACUGGAAGGACCUGAGCCCCGGCUCUGCUAAUGUGAAGAAGCACGGAAAGACCGUGAUGGGUGGAGUUGCUGAUGCCGUGGCCAAAAUCGAUGAUCUGGCAUCAGGACUUCUCAGCCUAAGUGGGCUGCACGCCUUCACUCUACGAGUGGAUCCUGCUAACUUCAAGAUUCUCUCUCACUGUCUCCUUGUGGUCAUCUCCAUGAUGUUUCCUGAGGACUUCACCCCUGAGGUCCACAUGGCUAUGGACAAGUUCCUGGCUGCCCUGGCCCGCGCCCUCUCUGAGAAAUACAGAUGAAAUGUCUGC